AUGUCUUCCACUCAAACAGAAGAAAAGACCCAAGAACAUUACGAGGACUCCUCGCAUCCGGAUGACAACGCUUCCGACCAUGAGAUGGAGGACGGAGGCCAACAGCAGGAGCACCCGACAAAGCAGCAGCCGCUGAAGAAGAAACCCGCUCAACAGCUGCGGAAGAAGUUACAGCAGCAGCAGCCCUCCACUGAGCGUGCGUCGGGUGAUGGAGGAGGUAGAGUCCUCGGCAACACGAUGGAGAAAACGAAGCAGCUGCCAGGAGACGAGGAGUUGCAGCAAGUGACUCUUCCCGCAGGAAAGCACGACCUGAUCAAGGAUGUGGCGAUGCAGCCCCUGAGGGGGAGAAAAGAAAUGAUCUCCCAGACGAUCGGGGACGGGGCGAUGAAGGAGAUUGAGGAGGCACGGGAGAAAGAUAAAGACGAAAAGCAGAGUCUUCGAAUCAAGAUCUCUCUUGAUCUAGACGUGGAGGUUCACCUAUCGGCAAGGGUCAAGGGAGACAUUACAAUCGGACUCCUUUGA